AGAGUUCGGGGGGUGGGAGUCCCUACAUUAAACAUGUUCAAACAUUUUUUUAUAAUAAAGGCUGGGGGUAGGGGGGAGAAGGGGUGGUACUACUUCGGUCCUUGGUCGUCCAGUAAAGGGAAUAGGAGUUUAUUCUCUGCUGGACCAUCAUCCAUCAAAGGGUGGAAAGAAAAAUUCUUCUUUGUGGAUGACACCGAGUGGAGUAGGAGGGAUGCCGAAGUGGAACAGUUGUCUGCUUGGAAAGCGAAGAAAACCAAGCAGAACAACUAUAAGUUGAAUGAGGAUGAGGUGGAGGAGGUGGAGAAGCUGGUGAGGGAAGAUGGAGACGUAGUGGAUAUCUUGUACCUCACCAGUCUAAAGGUAAUAGAGGCUGCUGAGCUCUAUGGGCCAAGCUCAUUGAGCGAAGUUGAGAUGGACGAGUUCGUUAAUGUGGCUGGGGGCCUGCACAUCCCAAAGAGGCCAAGGAAGAAGUCAAAGACUUCAACUGCGGCGGAAAAGGGGGUGGCAGAGAGGGGGCGAUUGUCCAGCACUUCUGCCCGGGCUGUGGAGGUGCAGCCAAGGCUGGAGCUUGUGAUGGGGGGUAGCGAGGAUCACUUCCUCAACUCUACUCUCCCUGAGGUGGAUAGGAUGCAGGCGAAGGACGAGGUGGUUAGCCAUGUGGGGUAUACCGUUGUGAGGCAUGCCCUAGAGAGUGCGAGUUGGACAAACGCUCUAGCACAGGAGUAUGUAGAGAGCGUGAGAGAUCGUGCCAACUUGCAGAGGCAGUGCGAGCAGCUGCAAAAGGAGAAGGAUGAGCUGCAGAACACGAAGCUUGUCCUCGAAGAACGGAAGAGGAAGAUCUGUGAGGAGAAGCUCGAGGCUCAGGACAAAUACAUUGACAACAUGAGGAAAGGAGCAGUGGAGUUGAAGAAGAACGUGAACCUGCUGGUUCACAAUGGGAUGGAGGAGCACAUUGGCAACUUCCUCAACUCCAGCACCUUCGAGAACAUCCUCAAACUCUACCGGCUGCCAAUUGUAAUCGUGGUCUUCACCGACUGUAGAAAGAAGGUGAAGGCCCAAUACCCAGAGGUGGACGUGACAACAGUCACCUUUGGGGAACAAGAAGAAGGGGUGGAGGAAGAUGGGGAGAGCCUCUGUGCUGACUUUCGACCUCAGGUCACGCUGAGGUGGGAGCGUGAUGCAGAGGGGCUCACUAUUUUUCCUCCAACCUUUGAGGCUGAGUUGGUGGCAGUGGGGGAGGAAGAAGAAGAAGAAGAAGCACAAGGCACUGGGGAUUAUAACCCUAAAAAUGAAGUGGCUGAAUGAGUCAGAAUAAAUGAAACCCACCUCCAAUGUAUAGAAGAGUACACAGAACUGAAUUACUUUGGACGUGAAGUGAAGCUUAUUAAUGAAUUAAGUUAAAAUAC